ACUGCAGGCCUUUUUCUGGCAGAUAUAGGGUUACAGCCGGUGGUGCUGAUGCUGCUGCUGGUUCCUGAUUGGCUGCAACCAGGAGAUGCUGCAUCCAGAGGCAGAGAGGCAGCAGCUCCACCAGGGACCAGCAGCACAGCCUCCUCUGCACACCGUCCAGGAGCACCCUGCACCCAGCCUGAGGCACCCACACUCGACAUUGGGCCUGAGAGAGCAAAUAGCCCCCUCACCCCAGUAACCACUGCUGAGAAAGAGAAAAGGGCAUCAACGACGCCAUCUUUACAUUGACGGAGCUGAGGGGGAGCACAGGAGACUGCAUCUUAUUUAACCCCCCUCCCUCAGCAGAUUCCCUACAUCAAGAAGUGGGAGGAGGGAAGACCUGCAGGAAUAAUGCUCAGGAAAUCAGUAUUUUUUUUAAGGAAAUAAGGGCAGAUUUUGGUAUUUUUUGUGGUGAUUUUUUUUUUUAUUGGAUUUUAUAACACAGAAUAUUCUGCCUUUACCACCUCCCCCAUUGGCCACAUUUGCUAUCUGCCUUUAUGUUUUUAUUUUUGCCAAUGUUUUGCUAUAUUGUGGGCAUUAGCCAUCUCAUCUAAGGUACAUUUUUGGCACUGAUCAGGUGUUUAACCUUUUUUUUCACUGGAGUGUAUUGUGAGCAGUGCCUGGGUACGUGGCCCUGUAAGAAAAAUCUGAGAUACCAGCAGAUUAAUACAGCCUUACAGUAUUUUGGGGCAUUUUCUGUGCUGAGGAGGUGGAUUUUGGUACUGGAUUGGUCUGUGGUUACGCUUAUUCUUUUUGGAGUCGGAUCCUAUGAUGCACAAACACCAUCAUUGCUGCAAGUGUCCUGAGUGUUACGAGGCAUCUCGCAUGUCUGCUCUGCGCAGGAUGGAACCCCCAACAUAUGGAGAGUGGCAGCAUGAGCAGUAUGGGGGUGGCUACGGAGGUUAUAGCUCUCAAACCCUCCCGUCACAACCUGCUGUCACCCCAACGGCUCGCGGAAAAGCCAAGCUUGUCCCAGCCACACGUGAAAAUCUUACCCCAACCUUGAAAGGCCCCCCCAAAAGUGCCACCCCAAAAAUGAAUGGUAAUAGCCCCAAUUGGUGGCCAGAGUGUACUUGCACCAACCGUGACUGGUAUGAGCAGGCUGGUGCUGCACCUAUGCUGGUGAACGCAGACUGUCUGGACCCAGGAUCUUCGGUAAAUGGUAGCGAUGCUUUAUACAAAUACGAAGAGAUUGUAUUAGAGAGGGGAAACUCAGGCUUGGGCUUCAGCAUUGCUGGAGGGAUUGAUAAUCCGCACGUUCCUGAUGAUCCUGGAAUAUUCAUCACAAAAAUAAUUCCUGGAGGAGCUGCAGCAAUGGAUGGGAGAUUAGGGGUGACCGACUGUGUCCUUCGUGUCAAUGACGUGGAUGUAACGGAGGUUGUGCAUAGUAAAGCAGUGGAGGCUCUGAAGGAGGCAGGCCCCGUAGUGAGGCUUUUAGUCCGGCGCAGGCAGAGUCCUCCGGAGACCAUCGUGGAGGUUAAUCUUCUUAAAGGACCUAAAGGGCUGGGGUUCAGUAUUGCUGGAGGUAUUGGGAACCAGCACAUUCCAGGGGACAACAGCAUCUACAUUACUAAGAUUAUUGAGGGGGGAGCAGCACAGAAAGAUGGAAGACUGCAGAUUGGAGACAGGCUUUUGGCAGUGAAUAACACUAACCUGCAGGAUGUCAGACAUGAAGAGGCUGUGGCUGCACUGAAGAAUACCUCCGAUAUGGUUUAUCUCAAAGUAGCUAAACCUGGACCUGUUCACCUCAAUGAGAUUUAUGCUCCCCCUGACUAUUCCAGCACUUUCACUGUUGAUAACCACAUAAGCCAUAACUCCACUCUGGGCGGAUACCUGAGCAGUGUGGAGAGUAAAUCCCCUUACCAACCACCUCAAGUCACCCCAUCCAGAUUCUCACCUGUCCCUCGACACAUGCUGGGGGAAGAAGAUUUCACCAGGGAACCACGCAAGAUCAUUCUACACAAAGGCUCCACAGGGCUGGGCUUUAACAUUGUUGGUGGAGAGGAUGGAGAAGGAAUCUUUGUAUCAUUUAUUCUUGCUGGGGGACCAGCAGACCUUAGUGGGGAGUUGCGACGUGGCGACCGCAUCCUAUCUGUUAAUGGAGUGAAUCUACGCAGUGCAACACAUGAACAAGCUGCUGCAGCGCUCAAACGGGCAGGACAGACCGUUACAAUUGUAGCACAGUACCGACCUGAAGAGUACAGUCGGUUUGAGUCAAAGAUCCAUGACUUGCGAGAGCAAAUGAUGAACAGCAGCAUGAGCUCUGGAUCCGGGUCAUUGCGCACCAGUGAGAAAAGAUCUCUCUACGUCAGGGCUUUGUUUGACUAUGAUCGAUCUCGGGACAGCUGCCUACCAAGCCAGGGGCUGAGCUUCUCUUAUGGGGAUAUUCUUCAUGUUAUCAAUGCCUCUGAUGAUGAAUGGUGGCAGGCAAGACUUGUCACUCCACAUGGGGAAAGUGAACAAAUCGGGGUUAUCCCCAGCAAAAAGAGGGUUGAGAAAAAAGAGAGAGCGCGACUGAAAACGGUCAAAUUCCAUGGACGCUCUGGCAUGGAGUCUAACAGAUCUAUCAAAUCCAAGCGUAAAAAGAGUUUUCGACUGUCUCGCAAGUUUCCGUUUUACAAGAGUCUUGUUCAAGAGACCAGCAAUGCACAGGCUGUGACAUCGAAUACCAGUGACAGUGAGAGCAGCUCCAAGGGACAAGAAGACACUAUCCUGUCAUAUGAGCCAGUGACCCGACAAGAGAUUCAUUAUUCUAGACCAGUCAUCAUCUUGGGUCCCCUGAAGGACAGAGUAAAUGAUGAUCUUAUCUCUGAAUUUCCUCACAAAUUCGGUUCCUGUGUUCCACACACUACACGACCACGAAGGGAGACGGAGCUUGACGGUCAGGACUAUCAUUUUGUUUCUUCUCGGGAGCAGAUGGAGAAAGACAUUCAGGAAAACAAAUUCAUAGAGGCUGGUCAGUUUAAUGACAAUCUCUAUGGGACUAGUAUUCAGUCUGUACGUGCAGUAGCUGAAAGGGGAAAACACUGCAUUCUCGAUGUAUCUGGCAAUGCAAUCAAACGAUUGCAACAAGCACAACUAUUCCCCAUCGCUAUUUUUAUCAAACCAAAAUCAGUAGAAGCACUCAUGGAAAUGAAUCGGAGGCAAACAUUUGAGCAAGCUCACAAGAUGUUUGAUAAAGCCACCAAGCUGGAGCAGGAGUUUGGAGAAUUUUUCACAGCCAUCGUACAGGGUGAGUCGCUGGAAGAAAUUUAUAACAAGAUCAAGCAGAUAAUUGAGGAUCAUUCUGGACAUCAUAUCUGGGUGCCAUCCCCUGAAAAACUCUAAAUACUUUACUGAACUGCUGUCUACCCUCUACGAUCCAACACUACCCGUACCCCCAGAGAGACAGAGUGGGGUUCUAUGUGCAUUUGUCAUCAUACACAUGGAUUUGUCCUGAGAGUGCCCAGAACUCCGCCAGUUUUUCUCUGCAACUUGUGUGUAGUUAUACUGACCAUUUGGGGAAUUUUUGUGGGGUCAACAAGGAAUCCCUGCCCUCACUUGUAUGGGGCAAGAACAGACUUGAACAUUUAGAUUACAAAAUGCAAAAAAAAAAAAAAAAAGGGAAAAGAGCAGAAGAGGCCACGUCCUCCUAACUCCAGACACCCACCCUUUAUCUAUAAGCCCCCACCUCUGCUGGAUUGGAAGAAGGCAUAUUUAUAUACAUAUAUAUAUAUAUAUAUAUAUAUAUAUAUAUAUAUAUAUAAUGUGUGUGCGUGUGUGUAUAUAUAAUUUAUAUAUGAUUAUAUAUAUAUAUAUUAUAUAUAUAUUUUGGCUGUGAUGGGAUAUUUGUCCCUGCUAUUCUAUUGUUUGUAAUGAUUUUUUUAAAGUUCUCUUCUGUGAUGGGCAGAGCUCGGGCUUUGCUCUGGUACUAUAUACAGUCUACCCACCAUGGCUACCAUUCUUGCUCUGGGUAAGGUCUGCUAUAUGUGGUUGAUCCAGUUGGCACCAAAUAUUUGGGAGCGUAUGGAGUGGGGUCUAGCUGCCUUUUUGCAGCUUGUCUAGUUGGAAAGUUUCCUCUACUGCUUGUUCUCGGUACUCUGACUCUUAUGGAAGACUGACAUAAUUUACAUUGAUGAUUUUAUAUGUGAUGACGAGUGGAAUCUAUCUUCCUUUACAUGUAGGAAUUCUUCGGAAAAAGCUUAGAAAACUGACGUGAGCCAAACUUUACUUUUUAAAUGGACACUAUAACCUUGUCUAGCUGUUCUAGAAGAAACUUCUCCUCUGACAAGCUACUACAUGGUACUCUGUGAUAGCUAGUAACUCCUUAAAUGCCUGCCGCCUCCCUUGGUGCAGUGUUGUGAUGCGGGCCUAUUUGCACAGGUCUGAGCCAUGCCCUUAAGUUUGUUUUAUGGUUGGAGAGCUUUUCACACUUUCCAAAUAAGUAGGUUUGUGGGAGUUCUGUUCUGGGGCUUGCACUGUUCUUAGUACCACGGAGGCAUGCUGAGGACCAGAGGAGGUGUCAGGUUCCAGGACCGACCACAGAAGCAGCCAAGAUAAAGAGAAAGUAAAGUGCGAGACAGGAGCAGAGUUUUAAUGGAUCUGACUCUUGUGUGUUUGCAUGAUGAUGAUGAUUUUUAUUUUUUUAAGGCUGUGUUGUGUUGCCGUGUGAAUUUUUUUUCAUGGUAACUUCUAUUUUUAAAUUAACGGGUAUAAAAUCCAUAUUUUUCAUUUCCGUUAGAAUCCUUUUAAUUUUUAGAUUGCAGUUCUGCUAAUUAAAAAAACAAAACCUUAACCUGGAUAUUUUUGAGCCUGGGAAGAAUGAGGACAGAAGGGCUUAAUUCUAAGGUUUUGGAGCAAUAUAGAGGUCCUUUUAUUGACCAUAAGCCCCUAUGCUCCAUACCUGUUCACAGAUAAUAAACUCUUAGCUAAAAUUCCAAUGUUCCAUGCUGCUGUGUUUGUAAAAUCGGAAUGUUUAGAGUUUCAAAACAGUCUCAUUUCUAGUAGAAGUAACAGGCAGUGGAGGUGUAGGGCAGUCGCCGUAGGUCUGCUGCAGGCAGCACAUGACUGAGGAACAGGGAUACUACUGUUAGAAUGUUGUAUGUAUGUUACACACAAUGUCGCUGACCAUUUUAGCAAGUGUUCUGUAAGAGAUGCUAUGAAGGUUGUCGGCUAUGCCUGAAGUGGCUACAAACCUGUCCGCAUGCGUUAUGUCACCUUAACACAACUUUCCUACAGGUAACAUUGUUAUCUGAACAGGGUGCAUGUUCUCUCAAGAUGGAUGUUUUUUUUAUGGAUACUGCCGUUCCAAGAUCCAUAUUUGGUGUGAAAUGUUUUUGUGGCUAGAGAACUGCUCGGACUGAAGAAGUGAACCAAAAAUUCCUUCUUGAUGCUCAGUGUGAAACUCAUCGCUCAGGGUCCAAUUUCCAGAGUAUGAUCACUCACAGGCUUGGUUCCGACACUGCAGGACACUGUACCUCCGUUUCUCUCCAGUGUGUGCUGGUAACCAGCUGGCAUUCAUAGUUUGUCCUGCACUGUCAAGUGGUUGAAGUGGGGGGGUCAUUCACUUUUAGGGCUAUGUAUUUGCUUACUAAUGAUGUGGCUUGAUGAAUCAUGGUGGCUAGAGAACAAUGGAAGUUGAAGCUUUGAAGUGGGGGGAAACUAGUGACAUUUCUAAAGUGAUUUAUUUUUAUUUGUUCCCCAGCUGCUACAUUGAGGAUUUUGCAAAGCGUUUCCUAUCCUCCUUGAUUUUUACUUUUAUUUAAUUGUUUCUACCCGCUUGCUAUCCACCAGCUUGAAUGGGAUGUGAAGAGGGCAUGUCAUGGUACGAAUUGUGUAAUGGAAUAAACAGCAGGCGGGGUGGCUGGUACCAAUGUGUGAUAAUACCUUUUUAUAUAUAUAUAUAUCUUUGUCCCUGCCUCUCCCCUCCCAAUUGUAAUUUACAGCAGAGCAGAAAAUGAAAUGGAAUCUGAUUGUUUAAAGAGAUGCUGAUAAACCCAGGAGGCACAUAUAUUUUUUAAUAAACGAAGUUGCAAUGA